CGCGUGCGCGGAGGCGCCUUUCCGUCGGCCGGCCGGGCCUCUCCGCCCAGCAGCGCCAUCUUGAGAGGACGGGCGGUGGGUUCGUUGUCCGUCGGGCCUACGUGAGGGCCGCCUCCUUGCCUCGCGGACUCUGCCCGCGGGUCGCCCACGCCUGACCGGUGCGGCCAAGGCGCCGCUGCCGCCGCUAUGGAAGAUGAGAUGCCGAAGACCCUGUACGUGGGGAAUCUGUCAAGAGAUGUCACCGAGGCCCUAAUUCUCCAGCUGUUCAGUCAGAUUGGACCGUGCAAAAAUUGCAAAAUGAUAAUGGAUCAGACAGCUGGAAAUGAUCCGUACUGUUUUGUGGAAUUCUAUGAGCAUCGUCACGCAGCCGCAGCUUUAGCGGCAAUGAAUGGGCGGAAGAUAAUGGGUAAGGAGGUCAAAGUGAACUGGGCCACAACCCCCAGCAGCCAGAAGAAAGAUACCAGCAGUAGUACCGUUGUCAACACACUGCGUUCACAAGACCACUUCCAUGUCUUUGUUGGAGACCUCAGCCCAGAAAUUACAACUGAAGAUAUAAAAGCAGCUUUUGCACCAUUUGGAAGAAUAUCGGAUGCCCGAGUUGUUAAGGACAUGGCAACAGGAAAAUCAAAAGGAUAUGGCUUUGUUUCUUUCUUCAAUAAAUGGGAUGCAGAAAAUGCAAUUCAACAAAUGGGGGGACAGUGGCUUGGUGGAAGACAAAUCAGGACUAAUUGGGCAACACGCAAACCUCCAGCUCCAAAGAGUACAUACGAAUCAAAUGCCAAACAACUCUCCUACGAUGAUGUUGUAAAUCAGUCCAGUCCAAGCAACUGCACUGUGUAUUGCGGUGGCGUAACUUCAGGUCUGACAGAACAGCUAAUGCGCCAGACAUUUUCUCCAUUUGGGCAGAUAAUGGAAAUUCGAGUCUUUCCAGAUAAAGGGUACUCCUUUGUACGGUUCAAUUCUCAUGAAAGUGCUGCACAUGCAAUUGUUUCAGUCAAUGGCACCACAAUAGAAGGACAUGUGGUGAAAUGCUAUUGGGGCAAAGAGACACCAGACAUGAUCAACCCGAUUCAACAGCAGAAUCAAGUGGGCUAUCCACCACCUUAUGGGCAGUGGGGCCAGUGGUAUGGAAACGCCCAGCAGAUCGGCCAGUACAUGCCUAAUGGCUGGCAAGUCCCUGCAUAUGGAAUGUAUGGGCAGGCAUGGAACCAGGGAUUCGGUCAGACACAGUCAUCUGCAGCAUGGAUGGGUGCAAAUUAUGGUGUACCACCCCCUCCUCCGCCCCCCCCUCCACCACCCCAGGGGCAAAAUGGAAGUGUUCUAACUAGUCAAACUGGAUAUCGGAUGGCAGGUUUUGAAACACAGUGAGAGACAGAAGGACUCUGGAAUAGAACACCUGUGGCUUUGAGGCUGUAUGGAGCAUUGUAAAAUCCUUUGUUUACUUAAAAAAAAUCUAUCCAAUCAAGUCAGUGCAAAAGUCAAACAGUAUUUAUUUUUAAUCAUGAAACUUUGUUGUUCACGCUUUUUUUUAAAAACACACAGGAGAUACUAGAUGCUGGAUAUCUGCCAACUUUUGCCUUCUUUUCCUCUUUUGAGAUGUGUUUCUUAAGAUCCAUGUUUGAAACACAACUAAUGCAGGGAUUUCUGCCACUUUUAGUAUAGUGGCAGGAAAUUGCACAAUAUCAAACUUUUUUUUCCACUGAAGUAGUAUGCAGUCUAGUUUGCAUUCCUAAUAUGACUUAAAUGUACAUGAAAGAAGUUAUACGAGAGAAAAAAGACACGCCAAAACUGUGUGAAUUCUGGGGGUUUAUUGAAAUCUUCAGUUUGUGCACAAUUCUGUUUUAAAGAGAGCCUGAUGUAUAAAGUGUCCAUCUCCUUGCUUUUGUUAUACUGGGAUUUCAAAUAUAACUUAUUCGUUUACAUUAUUUUGUAUCUAAACAUUUUUCGGAAAGUGGUUUUUGCCUUACUGUCACCAUUCAAUUAUGAAGUAGGAGCCAGGAUGCGGGCAAGUGCCUCGUGUUCACAGAACCCAGCUCUGCACUCUGCUCGGUGUCAGGAGGUGCCGGGGGUGUGUGUGUGUCCCUGUUCAUUGACUGAUGAACAUAAGCUCAAUUCAGAUCUUAUUAAAAUGUGACACAAUCUUAGGAGCCAGCUUUUUAAAACCUGUCCAUUUUUACAUUUACAUGUAUCCUUUAUCAUGUCAACUAUUUUAGCAAAUUAAUAUUUUCACAAAAGUUGCUCAGCUUUUGUAUGUCUCCGUUGAAAGAGUAAGAGACAGAAAGACCUCUACAUGACUUAAUGGCUAUAAUUUAAGCUUUGACUUUUGCAUGUGAAUAUUCUAAUACACUGUUAGACUUUGAAUAAACAGUCAUGCUCUCAUUUUUCAGAGAUAUAGAUACAUUGGUCUUAGCAGCUUUUUACUCACCUGGAGCAAGUCUGACUUGAUUUAACAUGUACAGAUAGAGCUAUUAAACUAUAUAGCAUUGUGUGUAUCAAGCCAGGAGUAAAAGGGGUGCUCCAACUAAAGCCUGAAGGACCAACUGGAUAAAGCAUUUUUGAAUUCAGAGGCCAAAUAAUAAUAAUAAAUAAUAAUAGCAUUAUCCUACCUCCUAGCUAGCUUUCAGAAGAUGCAGAAAGAGCGCUAUCCUGGGUGUAGUGAUUAUACCCCAAUUAACAUCUGGGCACAUGGAGGUGUUUGCUUUCCGUUCUGCAUUGGUUGUAGUGGAGCAACCAAUUGAGAAGUUGCUGAUAUGCACAAGACAGUGAGCGGCCACCCUAAUUUCAUGGAACAAAAGGGGCCAGAACCAAAGUAGAGGGUUGGCUGCUGAGAAAACAAAUUGUUGUCUUAUAAACGGAUCCUGGCCCUAACAUUUUAUAAAUAAAGCAUCCCCAAAAGAUGCAACUUGUACAUUAGUUUCACUUCAUUAAUUGUCUGCUUCCUUUAAAAUUUGUAUAGGCCUGUCUUCUUUCUGCUUACUAUCUCUGCCUGCACAAUUCUUUUAAAAGAGAAAUGUGAAUAGGUCUGAGGCGAGCCUGGUGCCAUCUGGGAAUUUUUCUUUGUAUAUACUUUCAACAGCAGAAUUGAGUACAGAUUUCCUUCACAGAAGCCAGCUAAGAUCUCAGUCAGCAAACCAAGAAAGCUUUCAACAUUUGGACAAUAUUUGUGGUCCUUGGAGUAUCGUCCCUUGAGUUGACAGCAACUCAAGCUUUAAUGCUUUCAACAAUAUGUAAAUAUUUGAAAGGGGAAGGCAAAAAAAAAUAUUACAGUAUUUUUUAAAAGUUGAUUACUGUUUUAGUUAGACAAUACUAGAGAGCAGUGGAAGGGCCCUUCCCUUCUGAGCCUCUGUGAGCCAGAGCCCGUUUCUUAAGCACCCCUGUUGGCGUCUCCCUUGUUGCUGCAACCAGACUGGGGCUCUAAGGAAAAAGGAUGGGACCCUUCCUUCUAGCUGCUGCCCCCUUUGCCCCCGUUUCUCCUCCAGGCAUUAGCUUUGUUACUCUGGUGUGCAGAGAUAAAGUGCUGCCUGGGAGUGUUGUUUUUUUCUAAGUAGCAGCAUUUUGUUUUUGUUUUAAUUUCUGUAUGAAUUUUGGAAGCUUCAUUGAAACGAAUGUGUUUUGAUACUUAUGUACAGAAGUUGAAGAACUUCACUCCAGAAGCCCUGACUUUGGAAAGCCAUUCAGAUGUUAAUAAAAAUGUGAGCUCGC